GAUGGAUCAUAUGUAGCAUUGCCUAUGUCCAUAUCAUCACUAACUAGAGCUGUAUGCAUUGCAUUAUUGCUUCAAUGUGCUUCUAUUAGCCUGCCGGAGAUUCAAAACACAUCACUCUCCAGUGAGGCAUGUAGUAGCUACAUUAAUAGCUUUUUCCUUAUGUAACUCGAUUUCAAAUAAGAAAAGUGCACUAUUAUCCAGGUGUGAUUUGCAUGUAUGGUUUGUGCUUAAAGACUGAAAGUGCUCAUCACCUGCCAGAGCAUAAUGGUAGAACAGAAUUAUUACUCAGGCUGGAAAUUCCUAAAACCUCGAGGUGCCGGGUCAGUCAGCGACUCUUCUCAGCAGUGUCUUCCCAGCACCAGUAGGUCACUUGAGCUGUGAUGGACGUAGUGGAUCGACUCCGCGAUGUUUUCUCCUCGAAGUGGGAAAUGUGCAAGACCAGGUGGCCCAGACGGGGUUACCUGACUAUCACGUUUCCUCGGGCCAUGAGAGCGAGGAAGGCUAUCUUCAUUUGCGCCUUCCUGUACUGCCUUCUGCUGACACACCGCCGUUAUGAUUUCCUGCAGGAAACGGAGGGAAGGAGAAGAGCACUGCAGUUACACCUUCAGGAGCGCACCGCCAGAGUGAGGUCGGAGUGUAUUGCCCACCCGCCGCCCUUGACCAGGAUGGAACAGAACGCUCGGGACGCCGCCGCAGUCACCACCAACUUAGCCACGCACUACUAUAACCUACACAUGAAGGCAGCGCUUCUUCACAUGGUCUACUUCCCUCGCCAGAACUUCACUUGGUGUCUCGUCCCAAAGGUGGCGUCGUCGUCGUGGGCAUUGGCACUGAUGGAAAUGGAGGGUGUCACGGGAAAAGUGUCGCAAAGCCUAUCACCUCAAGUGUACCUCAGAACCUCCCAUAGAGAGAUCCCGCAACGAGUGAACGAGACAGUCCAAUCUUCCUUCAAGUUCCUCUUCGUUCGACAUCCAUUCGAUCGUCUCGUCUCCGCUUACCGAAACAAGCUCGAGGAUUCCUAUACCCAAGAAGAUGGCGCUUACUUCUACAAGACCUAUGGCAGGCGCAUCGUGGAGAAGUUCAGGAUAAAUAGAAUGACCGACAAGAGGAAAGGAGAAAAAGACUCACUACAGUACACAGAGCUAGGAAAAGAACCCACCUUUCCAGAGUUUGUUGACUACCUAAUUCACACAGACCCAGAGGAUUACGACGAGCACUGGCGCCCUGUCGUGCUCCACUGCCAUGUGUGUCAGUUCCACUUUGAUUACAUUAUAAAAUACGAGCAUUUUGAAGAGGAGGUUAACUUUCUGAUAAAUAUGAUGCAAGAGGAUGGGAGGCUACCAAACAAUUUCAAGUUAACUUGGGAAAACAGAGGUAACACAAAUAAGAACACAGCAGUUGAGUACCUGAAACAACUGAGUGAGGAACAAGUGAUGCAACUCUUCGACAAGUACCGCCUCGACUUCCUCUAUUUCGAUUAUAAAACUGACGGCUACGCAGAUUUUGCAACAAUGAAUGAUUUGAGGAGGUAAUCUGAAUACUCUACAUGCUAUCUAUAAUUCAGUAUAUUUUUUUAUAAAUAAAGAGAAAUGUGCGA